UACCUACCCUCCAGCCCGAACUCGCGCAACCCCGGCUCGGCAACAGAAAAAUUGUUAUCCCACGCAUGCGGUUUUCGCCCUUUCCUUCCUGGCCAACCCGAACAACCUUACCCCAAGCUCAUCGCUGCGCAUGGUUUUCUCAUCACGUUCAUCUCUUCUGCAAUGCGUUACAGCCCCGAUGCAAUGCAUUCGGAAUCCGGGAUGCGGUUGAAAAAGCACAAAUCAUGGUCACUGCUUGCUUUUUGAGACAACAAACGCGUUUUUCAGCUUGUUUUAUCUCGGCGGGCUUGCCGGAUUAGGGACGUGGUGGGAGGGUCAUGGAGGGUCACUCGUGGCUGGCCCAUGCUGGGCCAGGCUGGGGCUCCCGGUCUUGUUCUGUCGUGUGAGGCGGAAGUUUGGAAUUUCCGUUCGGAUGGGGGAUGCUGGUACUUUUGUUUUUUUAUGCCUCCGCAUGUACUGUAGUGGACGGAGCAAGUCCAAGUCACGAAGUUUCACUCGAACCACCGGCACCACGGGACGCCGUGGUGGGCAGGCAGGAUACUGUGGCGGGCGAGCGCCACAGAGCCGGGAUUUCUGAAGCAUACUCACUUAUCUUACCCGUGACCCAUCCUCCGCGGGAGCGGAUGCGAGGGUGCAUGGGCACGCAAAUCUUGGAGAAAGGUAGGCAUUCCCAUUACCGGGGGGGGCAACCUAAGGCAUCUGAGGGUCGAACCCUAGCCUCGAGUAUUGUUCCAUACUGUACACGUCAAACAUGGGUACUUUUGGAGUUACCGAUGUGCUAAAAAGUCAGGUGCGCUGUGUGGUUUUCUUCUUUUUUCUUUUUCUCUCUCUUGGAGUCAUCUCGGGGUAAUAUGGUUACGCUCAAAAUUUAGGUGUGGUUUGCCAACUGUCAGUCCCUUUGUGCUUCUUUACAAGUAACUCCUGUAGGCAUAACUUAAGGUGGAAGGUUGAAACGGCUGGUUGGUAUGGGGG